AUGGAUCAAACACCAAUUGUUCUCGACCAAGGUACUGGUUUCGUGAAGAUUGGCCGUGCGGGCCAGAACUUCCCCGACUAUACUUUCCCGUCAAUAGUCGGUAGACCUAUUCUUAGAGCCGAAGAGAAAACUGGGGACAUUGAAAUCAAAGACAUAAUGCUUGGUGAUGAGGCCUCUGCCGUUAGAUCCGCGUUACAAGUCUCCUAUCCUAUGGAGAACGGCAUUAUCCGCAACUGGGAAGAUAUGGAACACCUUUGGGAUUAUGCCUUCUACGAUAGAAUGCAAAUCGAUCCGACCGAUCGUAAAAUUCUUCUCACAGAGGCUCCAAUGAAUCCAUUGAAGAACAGAGAGAAGAUGUGUGAUGUGAUGUUUGAAAAAUAUAAGUUUGGAGGUGUCUAUGUGGCCAUCCAGGCCGUGCUAGCUUUAUAUGCCCAAGGUUUGUCUUCCGGUGUGGUCAUUGAUUCUGGUGACGGUGUUACACACAUUGUUCCAGUGUAUGAAUCAGUGGUGCUUAGUCAUUUGACUAAGAGAUUGGAUGUUGCCGGUAGAGAUGUGACCAGAAACCUUAUCAACCUCCUGUUGAGAAGAGGCUAUGCAUUCAACAGAACGGCUGAUUUUGAGACCGUUAGGCAAAUCAAAGAGAAAUUUUGCUAUGUGUCGUAUGAUCUCGGCUUUGAUUCCAAAUUGAGUAACGAAACUACCACUUUGGUGGAAAGCUACGAACUUCCCGAUGGUAGAGUUAUCAAGAUCGGCUCAGAGAGAUUCGAGGCCCCAGAGUGUCUUUUCCAGCCAUCUUUGGUAGAUGUGGAGCAGCCAGGUAUCGGCGAAUCAUUGUUCAAUGUCAUUCAGUCUUGCGAUGUCGAUAUCAGAUCCACACUAUACAAAUCUGUCGUGCUUAGUGGAGGUUCAUCAAUGUAUCCAGGUCUUCCUUCCAGAUUGGAAAAGGAAUUGAAACAGCAGUGGUUCAGUAAAAUUCUUCACGGAGAUCCAACAAGGUUGGGUAAGUUUAAAGUUAGAAUUGAAGAUCCUCCAAGGAGAAAGUACAUGGUAUUUAUCGGGGGUGCAGUGUUGGCUAAUAUCAUGGCCGAUAAGGACCACAUGUGGAUAAGUAGGGCCGAAUGGGAAGAACAGGGACCUCGAGUGUUAUCCAAGUUGCGCUAA